AAAUUUAGUAUUCUGUUCUGGAGUAAAUUGCUUGUGUCCUUGGAGUUAGAAUCAGAACUACUAAAUUUGAAGACUGGAAAGAAGUCUUAGCUAGCACCUGUUUACCUUACCCCAACACCCUCUAAGUGGGACCCAGCUCUCCAUCAUGACAGAUGCUCCAUUGGAUUCCAGUCAGGCUGAGUGCAAUGGGGACACCCUGUCUGAGAACCGUCCUUUCUCAAUCACUGAGAUCAGCAAGAAAGCCCAUGAAGUGGAUGGCACCCCAGCACACUACAGGGAAGAGCCUCAUUUGGAAGAAGGUUUACCCACAGCUGGAAGUAAGGAGAAAGGGGAGAUAGCACAAAGCAACGAGAUACUCAAUCAGUCCAUGGAGGAAGAAAUGCUCCAGGAAAAUCUUGAAGAGCAUCUCUUUAUUGUCCAUAAGGCUAUCACAGAUCUUUCUCUGCAAGAAGCAAGUGUUGAUGACAUGACAUUCAGGGAAGCAGGGCAGCAAUGGGGAACCAUUCCUCUUGCUGGAAGCCACCAGGAACCAAGUCGACCAGCAGAAAGGAUUGCUGAGUACCCUCAAGAAGAAAAAGAAGAGGCUGAGGAGAACAGAGCUCAGCAGACAACUGAAAUUGAGUGGCUGGGGUUUGAGAAACCUAAGCAGAUCCAUAUGUUGCCUUCUGAAUACCACGGGGAGCAAGAGGUUUGGGCUGAAGACAUCAGUGAGGAUGAAGAUGACUGCAAUGAGGAGGAGGAUGAAGUCCGAGAGAUGGAACUUCAGAAAGAAAUGAAAGUGUAUUCUCAAUUCAAAGAGGGUGGCAAGGAGAGUGAGGAUUCUGCACUCAGGAUCCCCUGUUCUCAGCCAGUGAUCCCCGAAGAGCUGCCAGCCUUUGGGAGAAAGAGUGAUAUCUCCAGAAAUGCUUACUCAAGAUACAACACAAUAUCCUAUCGCAAGAUCAGGAAGGGAAAUACCAAACAAAGAAUUGAUGAGUUCGAGUCUAUGAUGAAUUUGUGAGUUUACUGAAACAAGCUUUUUCAUGGCCACUAAAGCUAAGCUAAUUCUGUUUUCCCAAGAUGCAGUUUUGUUUGCCUAACUGGAGUCAGUCAUCUUCUGUAAAGAUAGGAUGCUUAUCCUACUUCUCACUGUAAGGAAAUAACUCUAUUCAAAAAUUCAGUCUGGUAGCCUUAAAAAAAAAAAAAAAGAAAGUUGUAGAUUUAUUCUUAUACAUUUGUUUUAUUUUAACUUCACUAAUAUAGCGCUCUAAGUACUAAGGAGCCAGUAUUCCUGGGGAAUAUGGCAUGUGACUUCGAAAAACAGUAAUAGUAGAGUUAUAGUUGUCAAAUGAGAGACUGUUAUUUGGUAUAAUUCUUAUAUUUCCAUUGGAGUCUUUUUGCCUGUGCAUUGAGGUUAGUGAAAAAAAAAAGUCAUCAGAUAUCUUUUACUUUUAAACACAGAAUUUCACUCUGUAGAUGCUAAAGGACAUGAAUUAUUAAA